CCACCUCCCGCGUCUUAGUCUCCCGGGCCGGCGCGCGCGGUUCCCGUCACUAGCACGCGCGGUGGCAGCGGCGGGAAGAUGGCGGAGUCCGGCGGCAGCGGUGGCGCUGGUGGCGGCGGCUUCGGCGCGGGCCCGGGCCCCGAGCGCCCGAGCAGCAUGGCAGACAAGAAUGGGGCCCUCAAGUGCACCUUCUCGGCCCCUGGCCAUAGCACCAGCCUCCUGCAGGGCCUCGCCACCCUCCGCGCCCAGGGCCAGCUCCUGGACGUUGUGCUCACCAUCAACCGAGAGACCUUCCAUGCGCACAAGGUAGUCCUGGCCGCCUGCAGUGACUACUUCAGGGCCAUGUUCACGGGCGGCAUGAGGGAGGCAAGCCAGGAUGUUAUCGAGCUGAAGGGCGUGUCAGCCCGCGGCCUGCAACACAUCAUCGACUUCGCCUAUAGUGCCGAGGUGACGCUGGACCUGGACUGUGUGCAGGACGUGCUGGGCGCAGCUGUGUUCCUGCAGAUGCUGCCUGUGGUGGAGCUGUGUGAGGAGUUCCUCAAGGCCGCCAUGAGCGUGGAGACCUGCCUCAACAUCGGCCACAUGGCCACCACCUUCAGCCUGGCCUCGCUCAAGGAAUCGGUGGAUACCUUCACCUUCCGGCACUUCCUGCAGAUUGCUGAGGAGGAGGACUUCCUGCACCUGCCGCUGGAGCGCCUGGUCUUCUUCCUGCAGAGCAACCGGCUGCAGAGCUGUGCAGAGAUCGACCUGUUCCGCGCGGCUGUCCGCUGGCUGCAGCAUGACCCUGCCAGGCGGCUGCGCGCCAGCCACGUGCUCUGCCACAUCCGCUUCCCGCUCAUGCGGUCAUCAGACCUGGUGGAUAGCGUGCAGACGCUGGAUAUCAUGGUGGAGGACGUGCUGUGCCGCCAGUACCUCCUGGAGGCCUUCAACUACCAGGUGCUACCCUUCCGGCAGCAUGAGAUGCAGUCUCCGCGCACAGCUGUGCGCUCAGACGUGCCCUCAUUGGUUGCCUUCGGCGGCACGCCCUACACCGACAGCGACCGCUCCGUCAGUAGCAAGGUGUACCAGCUGCCAGAGCCGGGCGCCCGCCACUUCCGCGAGCUUACAGAGAUGGAGGUCGGCUGCAGCCACACGUGCGUGGCUGUGCUGGACAACUUUGUGUACGUGGCGGGGGGCCAGCACCUGCAGUACCGCAGUGGCGAGGGUGCUGUGGAUGCCUGCUACCGCUAUGACCCCCACCUGAACCGCUGGCUGCGCCUGCAGGCCAUGCAGGAGAGCCGGAUCCAGUUCCAGCUGAACGUGCUGUGCGGCAUGGUGUAUGCCACGGGUGGCCGCAACCGGGCUGGCAGCCUGGCCUCGGUGGAGCGGUAUUGCCCGCGGCGCAACGAGUGGGGCUAUGCCUGCUCGCUGAAGCGCCGCACAUGGGGCCACGCAGGCGCCUCGGCUGGGGGCCGCCUCUACAUCUCGGGAGGCUAUGGUAUCUCAGUGGAGGACAAGAAGGCCUUGCACUGCUAUGAUCCUGAGGCCGACCAGUGGGAGUUCAAGGCGCCCAUGAGUGAGCCCCGAGUGCUCCAUGCCAUGGUGGGUGCUGGCGGCCGCAUCUAUGCCCUGGGUGGCCGCAUGGACCAUGUUGACCGUUGCUUCGACGUGCUGGCGGUGGAGUACUACGUGCCCGAGGCGGACCAGUGGACCAGCGUGAGCCCCAUGCGGGCAGGCCAGUCAGAGGCCGGCUGCUGCCUGCUGGACAGGAAGAUCUACAUCGUUGGGGGCUACAACUGGCGACUCAACAACGUGACAGGCAUUGUGCAGGUGUAUAACACCGAGACGGACGAGUGGGAGCGUGACCUGCACUUCCCAGAGUCCUUUGCAGGCAUCGCCUGUGCCCCUGUCCUGCUGCCCCGGGCUGGAAUCAGGAGGUAGUUCCUGGGAACCCAGGUCCCUGGCCUGGCCGCAUGCCAGGGUUUCUUUGAGGGGCUUGGUGCAUGUCCGGGCGGAGAACUGUGAACCACCCCCGCUACCCCCACCCUGGGGCUGGCCUCGCGGGGCCUGCCGUGUUGAUAAGGCCCCCUUCCCGUCCCUCCUUCCUUCCUGAAGCAGAUCCUGGCUCCACGCCCUCUGGGGGAGCCUGCCAGCAACAAGGCUGAUGUGUUAUGGCAGCUGACUCGCACCCAAGGUAGUUUCCUCGCCUGCCCAGCAUUGCAUUCUCACUACCCGGUGGGGAAUCGGGGUCUCCUUUGGGGUGUCAUUGUGUGGCUUUGCCCUGCUUCUCUCCCCCUACCACCCUGCCUGGAGGUCUGUGACAUUCAGAUGCGAACUCAUUAAUGGUUGACCCCCCAGUUUCCCCCACCCCCAUGAGUUACAUGUGUCGUUUUAAAAACAAAUGCACCCCAAACCUCUGUCACACGUGGACCUCCAGGAGCAGGAGAGGCGGCUGGGAAGUACCUGGCUUGGGGGUGACCAGAGGGCACAUUUCCUCCUCUCCAGAAGCCCGAGCUGCUGGGCGAGAAGGGCCAGCACCUUCAGGGUGUUUGCUUGCUGGCUUUUAGGAGGAAAAAACACAGACGGCUCCCAGAGAUGGCCCUUAUGGGCAACAGGCUUUCCACUGGGCUCUGGGUCACUCCUGGGGCCUUAACAAGAAUGGGGCCGGGACUCUGGCCCCGUCCCUGCCCUGUGGAUGUAGGGGGAUGCCUGCUUUAGAGUCUCACAGUGCGUCUGCAUUCCACAGGCCUGCCCCGUGAUUUUUAUUCUCUCCCUCUUUCCAGCCCUCUGCUCCCCCCUCACCCUGUGUUCAGUCAGGUUGAAAUGCUGCCAGGUCUGUGCCCACCCGGCGUGGGCCGUCAGGCGGGCCAUGAGGCCUCUCCCUUCAAGGGCUUUGCGGCAUCUCCCGCCACAUUUGUUUUGGUGUCUAAACCUCAAAACUUUUUUUCCUUGUUCCUUUUUUCUUUUUUUUUUUUUUAAAAGGCCAGCACUGCUGUCUUAUAAAUGCGAUUUUUACCCUUGGGGCAACUUAAAGUGUCUCCUCUGCUGCUAAUGGACGAUUGAUGUCGUGUCUCUGUGACCCACUUGCCAUGUAAAGAAUUAACCUCAUACCUUAGCAGACGUCGUCUCCUAAUAUUUUCUUUUUAUUUAAUAAAAAUGUUAUGGU